AUCGAUGCACUGACAUGACUGACCGGAAAAGGUCUGGUCGAGCAUUGAUUACUGUAAUUUAUAAUCGUGUCUUGUGUCAGAAUGGCUGCAGGUGAAGACAUGAGGGGAAAAGUGAAGGAAUACUAUGGCCUUUGCCUGGAGACUUCCAGGGAUCUGCAGACCAGUGCUGCCUCCUGCUGGUCAACUUGCAGUCCGCUGCCUAGAAGUGUCACUGAGGCUCUGGGUCAAGUUCACCAUGAGGUCAGCAAAAGAUUUUUCGGAUGUGGUCUCCCGUUUCCAGCAAAGCUCGAGGGCUGCAGGGUCCUGGACCUCGGCAGUGGCUCUGGACGUGAUGUUUUUGCCUUCAGUAAGCUUGUUGGACCUGAUGGACAUGUCACAGGGAUUGACAUGACAGAGGAACUGAUCUCAGCAUCUCGUCAGUACGUCGAGUACCAUCAGAAAAAAUUUGGUUAUGAGGCGCCCAACGUGACUUUUGUCCAGGGAUACGUGGAGAAGCUCAGUGAAGCAGCCAUACAGAUCAGCUCCAUGGAUGUUGUGAUUUCCAACUGUGUGAUUUGUCUGUGCCCUGAUAAAAAAGUGGUUCUGCAGGAAGCCUACAACAUCCUAAAGGAGGGCGGUGAACUUUACUUCAGUGACAUGUUUGCAAGCAGAGUUAUUCCAGAGCACAUGAAGCAGGAUCCAGUUCUGUGGGGAGAAGGCAUGAGUGGCUCUCUGUUUUGGAAAGAUCUUAUAUCUCUGGCCCACGAAACUGGCUUCAGCACUCCGCUUCUCGUUUCAGCGAGCCACAUUGAAGUCCACAACAGGGAUCUCAAAGCAAAAGCAGGAGACAUCAGAUACGCUUCAGGCACCUACAGGCUUUUUAAACUCCCAAAACGGUCAGCAAGGUCGGGUGCAGUCGUGACCUAUAAAGGGACCUUGUCGGAUUUUCCGGAACAGCUGUACUUUGAUUCUUCACACAGUUUCAAGAAAGAUGUGAAGGUGGAGGUGAAUGCAGAAAUGUUAGCGAUCCUCCAGAAUUCCCGUUUCUGCUCCGAUUUUAAGAUACAGAUGUUAGACAAACCCGAGUCCACCACACAAUCAACAGAUCCGUUCUGCCUCUUAGACCCGUUUCUGUUGGCUGACAGACGAGGAGCCUCUGUGAGACAAUGCUCCAAAACUCACAACUAAAGAGUGUGUAUGUGUGUGUGAAGGGGGGUGACGAUGUACAGGUACCAAACCAAUGUGAUAAACAGUGAUCCACAACGAAGCUAACACAAUUUGGUGUGGAUCUGAUGUUGCAUUAUGGAGAUUUAGCUGUUUGGAAAAAUCUAGGGGGCGUUAUUUUAAAAAUUGAAAAAAAUCAACAUGAGCUGAUCUUAGGAGGACAAAGAUAAUUCAUGUGCAGUUUGGUGCAAAUCAGAUAAGGCAUGUACAACACAGAGCCAGCCAUAUGAGAGGAGGCAGAGCUAAUACGAUUUUAAUGAUUGCGCAUGUGAAUAUCCUUGCAGCUGUUGUGUGAUCACACACAGCAAGUUUGGUUUAGCUGUGACCUUGUUUGUAGGAAAUAUCAAAGUUCUAAUGUGUCUAGGGGCACCAUUUCAAACUCCAAUAUAAUCCCUCACAGCUGUUCCUAGAUUGACAAAGAUCAUUUAUGUGCAGUUUGGUUUGAAUGGGACAAGGCAAGCUUCAUGUAUAGCCAAGUGUCACACAAUGGGCGGAGCCAAACAUAAUUCACCAAAUUUUAUCAUAUCAAUGUGUUAAGUGAUGGUGUAAGAAGAAAUAAAGCAAGUUUAGUAGAGUUGUAACCAUUUUUGUAGGAUUAAUAAAGAUUUAAUCAAUCUAGAGGGCUCUGUCUCUGAAUCAAGUUAAGUCCCAUUUAGCAGUUCUUAGGUUUAUGUAGUUUUGUGAGAAUCAGAUCUUGCGUGUUUUAUUUAGAGAAAAAUAUCCCUAAGGGGGCGGAGCUAAAGUUAUUUCAACAAAUGACCACAUUAAUGUGUUGACAGCUUUUGUGUGAUGACGCAAAGCAACUGUGGUAAGGUUGUGAACUUGUUUGUAAAAGUUGCUAAAGUUUGAAAUGGAUGUAGGGGGCGCUGUGGCGGAAUUAGGGCAAGUUCACCAACAAUUUGCAAACAUUUGUUUCAUUCGUGUUUAAAUUGGUCCAGAUCAGAGAAUGUACAUUGAAAUUACAGCCAAACGUAUGGCCACGCCAUGACAUCAGCAUUCGCCGCACCACCACAGCUCUCAGCACGAUACUUUACUGCACCAAAAUGUUGUCUGUAAUUGGGCAGUGGCUUAUGUUGAUUAGAGACAAAGGGUCAAAAAUUGAUCUUUUCUGGUAAAACAAUAGACUUCCUGUUUUCAGGGGGCGUGGCUUUGGUGAUGGCAGGAAAAUACACUGUCUUGAGAUCUGGCCUGUGAUGAGAGACGUUGAGACGUCUGAUGAGAGAAGUUUGAAAUGGCUCUGAUCAUGUGUCUGGGAGUUAUUAUACAAAGGAGUUUGAUGGCAAAAGGUGAAUAUUUUAUGCUUAGCCACGCCCCCACACAUCAGACUUUUGAAAAUGAUUUCGACAACUUUUGUUCCCCAUUGUCUUAGAACUAGAAUGUAGGAUUUUUAACUCCAAAAGCUCAAAAACAUGUUAUCCAAUGAGGGGGAUUUUUCCAGUUUUUGUUUAGAACAAUGGCAUCAUCAAACUGUUACAUUCUGGGAAAUGUAGUUCAUGUUGUUGGUGACAAAGAGCUUUUGCCAAUAACGUAGCCAUGGUGACCUAAAAAGCUAAGAGAAAAAGUUGCACACUUCCCCCGACCGAGUCGGUCGAUUUUAUGUAAUAUUUGUGAGGUAACACACUUCCGUUAAAGACAUCAGUUAUCAAAAAUAAAGAGACUGUUAUGUCAGAUGACAAAA